AUGGCAGGCCAGAAGAGGGACUCUAGGGGCAAUGCCAAGAGCAGCGGCCCCAAAGCUCCCCUUGUCCGCAAUGAGUACACGCACAUGUUUGAGAGCUUCCGAGACGAGCUUGACAGCCACCACGACCGCAGGGAAAGGAUCGUCAAGGCCUCCAGGGAUAUCACGGCCUUGAGCAAGAAGAUCAUCCGCAAGAUACAACCAGACAUGCCUGAUCAGACCGAGAGAGAGAUCCAGUCCCGCCUGAGCGAGAUCUCUAGGCUCCUCGCAGCCGUCACUCCCGACGUCCAGGGUAUCAAUCGCUACCGCUACUCGCGCAGCCUGGUGUGCAUCGAAGAGCUGAUCGAGGCCCUGACUUUUGCCCACUACCUCCGCACCCAGCGCCUGAUGGGCUUCAGCGAAGCUGUAGGCAAGGUCGCUGAGCUCUCAGGCUACGCCGGCGACCAGAUGGAUGUCGAUGCAGGAGAUCCGCCUCCACCCGCCAACUCUGACGCUCCAAGACUUGUGGUUCACGUCACUGAGGAGGACUACCUCAUGGGUAUCUUUGAUCUUUCUGGCGAGAUGAUGCGAUUUGCCACCACUACCGCCGCUCUCACCGGCACCAUGGCCGGUGGCAGUGCCACCCCCGCGGUGGACGGUCGUGAGAGGACCAUAGUGGUAGACAUGCAAGAACUCGGCAGUUUCUUUGAGAUGCUACCGCAACAGUAUAAUAAGAGUUAUCAGAUCAAGCUCAGCACGCUAAGGACGUCGGUACUGAAGGUAGAGAAGCUGGGUUACGGCUUGACUGUGAGAGGCACUGAGAGACCCGCAGGCUGGAUGCCUGAAGAUGGUAACGAUCCGUCAGAGGACGAUUAUUAG